UAAUUACCAACAAUGGCGUCACGAAGUAGCAAUGGAGUUGUGUUUGAAGAUUUCUUCCCGACCAUGGUGCAGAGAUUGGGAGCAGAAGGGUUCAUGAAGGAGCUGUGCAACGGGUUCCGGUUGCUAAUGGAUGAAAAGAAAGGCGUGAUCACUUUCGAGAGCUUGAAGAGGAACUCGGCAUUGCUAGGGUUGCAUGGGAUGAGUGAUGAGGAGUUAAGGUGCAUGCUGAGAGAAGGUGACUUGGAUGGAGAUGGGUGUUUGAGUGAGAUGGAGUUUUCUACUCUCAUGGUUAGGUUAAGUCCUGAUUUGAUGCAGACUUCUAGAGAACUAAUGGAGGAAACUCUGUUGUAAUAGUAAUCUCAAUUUGCCUGCAGUUUCAGUCACAUUUAGUUUCUCUGUUUCUAUUCCAUGGCAGCUGGUUGGACUAGCUAGCUAUUCUGUACUCUCUCUCUCUCUCUGUAAUUUUGUGAUUGUCAACAAAAUUGCUUUUCUUCACUGCGUUCCGUGAAAGCUUAUUCAAUUGUUUAUCUCUA